UUGCAGGUGAGCCUCCAGGUUUGGUUCUGAGAACAUUUCUCCGUAGGAUCUAGAGCAGAUGCAGAGUUCCAGUUCCUCUUUCAAAAGCACUGCAGACACUCCUGGCUGAUCACUAGCGAUUGCCUGCACUGCCUUCCAGCUUAGCUUUUCUGCGACCCUUGAGAAAGACACAGGUUUUCCUUUAGGAAGAAUUCUUGCUGUACCCUACAUGCUCAAGUAAAUAACUCCUUUCCUCUGGCGACCAGAAAUAUAAGGAAAGUGAAGGACAAGGGAUAGGAAACAUUAGAAACCAUCUCUUCAGUGACUGGUACACCAUCAUUUUGGUUUAGUUGUGUAACAGACGGCUUCUGUUGUGUCUCCAACCUUAAUCAAUCUUAUGUAGGAAGAAGGAGACCAGGGUGAGACUAAAGCUGUAAUUGAUGAAGGGCUGCAAUCCCUGAUUGUUGAUGGGGGAUGUUUGGUCAUUGCUGUGGUUUGCACAGUGUUCAUGCUUUUCUCUAUGCUCACACAUGAUGUGGGAUGGUCUUGUUUUUCCCAUGAUCCAUCAUAGUCACAAGAUGCAUUGUCUGUGUUCUGUGAAAUUGCUUAUGUUCAACAGGAUGACACGGAGACCCGGUGUCAGUUUCCCUAUGUUGGAACAGCUUUUCUCUUUCUCAGUGCAGUCCCUUGCCCUGUGGCUUCUGGUUGGGUUUGGUUUAAGAGAAUCUGCAGCAGACAAUCGUAGGAAGAGAAGAGGAAGAAGUCUGGGUGCUUAUUCCCUGGCUUCCUUGCUGCAAGCACUGGGUUCUAAUCUUCAUGUUGAAGUGAAGGAUUAUGAGGAUGGAGGGAUCCAUCUGGAGUGCAGGUCCACUGGCUGGUAUCCCCAACCCAAAAUACAGUGGAGCAACGACAAGAGACAGAACAUCCCAGCUGUGGAAGCACCUGUGGUUGCAGAUGGAGUGGGCCUAUAUGCAGUAGCAGCAUCUGUGAUCAUGAGAGGUGGCUCUGGGGAGAGUGUGUCCUGCAUCAUCAGAAAUUCUGUUCUUGGCCUGGAAAAGACAGCCAGCAUUUCUAUCGCAGACCCCUUCUUCAGGAGUGCCCAGCCCUGGAUCGCAGCCCUGGCAGGGACCCUGCCUAUCUUGCUGCUGCUUCUCGGUGGAGCCAGUUACUUCUUGUGGAGACAACAUAAGGAAAUAACUGCUUUAUCCAGUGAGAUAGAAAGCGAGCAAGAGAUGAAAGAACGGGGAUAUGCUGCAACAAAGCAGGAAAUAAGCCUAAGAGAGAGCCUCCAGGAGGAACUCAAGAGGAGAAAAAUCCAGUACUUGACUCAGCAACUUCAAGAAGAAUUGCGUGAAUUUCAAAAUUGCCACUGUCAACUUGGGAAAAAACAGCAAAAUGUCACAACCAGAUAUUUCACCAUGGAGAAUAGAGGAAAUCAUUUUAACACAAUGGAAAGGUAGACUGAAUGAGAAUAAAUGCAGAUGGGAGAAGCUUGCAGAAUGCCCAGAGCCUGGAGCGUUUCUCGCACCGACUGACAGGAAAUGGACCAAGGUAGGCACCUACAUUUCCUCUAUCUACCCAUAUGUUCUUUCCCCAGUUCCUUUAGCACAGUUUCUUUCCUUUCCUGAUCAAACCCCUUUUCCACGGACAGAAUCUUUUUUUCCAUUUGGAGUUUGUUGAUCCAAUAGGUAUACAGAAGUCAUACCUGCAGACAUCAGACCCAUGUUGUUGAAGCAAAACUAGAUGGAAAUAGUUCCUCCCUACUUUUGCCUACAGACCCCUCAGGCAACAGGUUUUUUUGGGGGGGACAUUUAUUCUCCUUCUUUAUCCUUAAAGGGUGCCCUUGUCAGUCGUUUAAAUCAGUUGUCAUCUGGUAAAAGGAACACAUAGGACCAAUGAAGAGACCCUUUAUCCUCUAGGACAAUGUGAAGGGAAAGACUCACCUUAGUUGAUCAACUGGGGAGAGAAGGAGCAGGACAUAAUGCCUCUGUGCUGGUUUGAACCAGAUAAUUAAAAGGUUCUAACUAAAAAAAGUCCCAGAGAUCCUAGGUCUUGAAUAGAAAAGGGAAUAGAUCUUAGAAUGCUGAGAGAAAGUGUAAAUGAUUAAUUUGGGCUCGUUUCCUAAACUCUCUGGAUUUCAAAGAGCCUCAAUUCUUCUCAACCUGAGGGUACUGCUUCUGUCUCUGGAGAGACAGAAGUGCAGCUUCAGAGGUCGGGGGCCGUGGCCCACGCCUGUAAUCCCAGCACUUGGGAGGCCGAGGCGGGCGGAUCACCUGAGGUCAGGAGUUCAGGACCAGCCUGACCAACAUGGAGAAAUCCUAUU